ACAAGCUUCUGUAAUACAGUUUGUGUAAUACAGUGUUAUACAGUAUAGCAUGAGAUUGAUCCGCGAUCGAUUAUGCUACCAUACUCCAAUAUAUCAGAUAAGUGAAUUGGGAUGGACUUACAAAAAGCGAUUAAAACGGACGUACUAUAAGCGUUUAAAAUCGUGGUGCGACAACAAUUAGAAAUGAACGUGCAACAACAAUUCAAAAUGGAGUUACAAGGAGACGCGGAUAACUGUGUAAAAUUGAAUAGUACUGCAGUGACAAUGGAAAUGGACGGCGUCAACGACGAGGGUGAAAGUAGUGCGAAUUCAAAACUAGUUGAUCUACAAAUUUCACGCGAGAGCAACCCUCUCGUAUCCAAGAUAAAAACAGAAAAUGCAAGUUCAAACGAUGACUCCAUUGAGAAUAUACCCAACGUUUCGAAUUUUACCCUAGCGUGCAACGCCUGGUCCGUUGUAAGCUAUUUUAUAUUCGUCACCGGCAACAUUCGCCUUGGGAUCGACUAUUGGACAUCCGCUAAGAAGGAAUACCUAAUUUUUAUGAUCGUGUUGAUAAUACUGACGUCGGCAUCGGUCACCGGGAUCAGUGCGAAAAUGUUGUACUGCGAGGUGGAAACGUCAACUACGAAGGCGGAAAAUAAAGCUAAGAAAAGAAGCCGGUUGGCGGAACUAGCCAACCUGAAGGUACCGUUCUGGUUGGCUGUUCUUUUUCAACUGGAUGUGCUCUUACGAUGCGUACGCCGCCUGUGUCAUGCAUUAGCCGUCCGAAUGUACGCGGCGAAGGGAAAUUUGGACUCGCAAGAUGGUUGGUACAAAGCGAUGAUCAGAGACAAUGCAAAUCUAGCGCUGCUUAACAUCGUCAGGAGUUUUCUGUCCACGGCACCGCAGCUCAUUCUACAACUGACGCUUUUCUUCGAUCAGGGCUUGGAUUCGACAGUAUCUCCGUGGAAGAUAUGCACCUGGUGUAUUACCGUGAUUUGCCUGGGCUUGGCAAUGAAAACAUAUCAUUGCGCGGUACGCUUGUCCAAAACGGGCAAGCUUCGGAUAACUAAAACCGGAGAGGUUUUCAUGUUCCUGUGGUACUGUUGUACAAUUGGUUCUCGGAUCCUCAUAGUCGCCAUUACAGCGAGCAACUGGCCAUUAUACACAUUGCUCGCUUGCACGGUCAACUGGAUAGGAUGGACUACGUGGAUAUACGUGCAGAAGAAAGGAGUGCUUGACUUUUGUCCCGAUCAGACAAAAUCUGAAUCUUACGAAACAACAAGGCUAGAAUUGCUGGAGACUGCACUUUUUUCAGCCAUCUUAGCUGUGGUCUACAUGUUCACUGCAGUCAUUUUGAAAGAAGGAUCCACUUUCUCAAUGUACUGCGUUUACUACGCGCUCACAAUAGUGCAAAAUGGAGCUAUGCUCGUACUUUUUAUAUAUUUCGGCAGCCCGCCCGUCGAAAACUAUUUGAUUUUAGACGCGUCUAGUAUUCUUGCCAUGAUUCUGUUUUUCAUCGGCAUUACUGCCAUGAUAAUAUAUUAUCUAUUUUUGCAACCAACAGUGAAAAUUCCGUAUGUAACAUGCUCUCCAGUUUGAAUUAUAUUUAGUUUUAUAGGUUUUGGUUCUUUCUUUUUAUCUCAUUAUAUAACUAAUUGACAACUAUUGUAUUUUUUACGAUUUUUCAUUUCCAUUUCUCGUUGCUUAUGCAAUGGCGUAGCGGCUAUAUAUAUGAAUACAAUACAGUAAGUUGAAUUUCCGAGUAGUAUGAAUUACAGAACUACUUUUUAUUUUUCAUCACAUGUUGUCAUUGCUAAAACUUCGUGAUAGUUACAUAUUGAUUUGUUCGCCGCGAUCUCAUGACUCAUUUAUUUGCUCAUGUGUUGCGAUAGAAAAACGCUACAGAUUUAAAAGGAUUCCAAGUGCCCAAUUUCCUGAAGUAAAGUGAAUUGCUCAGAAAAUGUUUCGGUAUUUAAAUAACAAACGGUCAGCGGCGAAAAAUGGAUACGUAGUGAUAUAACUUUCUGAUUACUCUGCAUCUGCUAGGUUUAGUAACGACUGUAUAUGCCAAAUCUGGGAAAUAAAUUGCAUUUAAUUUUUUACCUGUAAUUAAGCUAAAAACUUCUUCCUUGAAAACUUAUAACCCCGCUUUAUAUUGGCACUUUGAUGACACUCAAAUAUUUAUAGGUAUACAGCAAUGUACUGUAGUGUAGCUAUGCCAACUGU